CAGGAAGUGACGUCACAACUAUGGCGCCAGUGUUUAGGUGUUCAAAUGUGAAAAUAAGCCUGCUAUAAACUUUAUUUUCCCGUUUCUACAAACGAAGUGAAGGAGUGCGUUUUGACUUGCGCCUGUGCAAUCAGUGUCGCUCACGAUGAUUGAGAGCGUCCAGGUGAGACAGAGUGGUGCCUACGACUUUGAGAAUCACUAUGACAACCUGUGUGCAUUGCAAGACUCGGUGCCGCUGGCUGCGGUCAAGGCCCACCUGUGUCAAGGUGUACUGGACAUCAACGGAGAUCGGGUCAGGGCCAAUGAUUGGAUGCCCAUUGUGAACACACUGCGGAUCAACAAGAGCCUUGAGUUUGUGGCUGUGCGGAGUUACUACACACCACCCAAUGAGGAUGAAAACAAGAGGGUGGCAUUCCAGAAACGGAAGACGCCAGCAAUCAGGUCGAAGGAGAUCACAUUCCGUCUGUGUCGGGCACUCAAGGAGUGUCUUGGAGUGUCAUCCGUCCUGCGGUGUCUUGAACUCCAGGGUCUGCCGCUCCGAGAGAGGGACAUAGAGACAUUAGUAAAGGGUUUGUCAAAGAACAGCACGCUGAACCAUCUCUCUCUUGAAUACUGCCGAGUAGGAGGACCAGGUAUAGAAGUUUUGGGUCAUGGCAUCAAGAACUGCACCAACCUCAGCUCCAUCAACCUCACCGCCUGCAGCCUCACCUCCCAGGGGGCCGAGUGUCUCGCACAGGUCAUCAAGCACCAGGCAGUGAAGCGACACAAUGAAGCCUGGCGUGACAGCCUUCGGUACCGCCGCCCCGACCUCGACCGCAUGCCCGGCAUCCGCCGUAUCACCAUCAACAGCAACCCCAUGCUGGGGGAUGAGGGCGCCACGGUGCUGGCGGAGGCUCUCAAGGACGACCUGUGGCUUAAAGCACUGGACAUGCAAGGCUGCGGUAUCUCCACCAGUGGUGCCCGCGUCCUCCUUGACGUCCUCAAGUACAACACCACCCUCGUGGUGCUCGACGUCCGAGCCAAUCCCAUGAUCGACCGAGACCUGGUUCACUCUAUCAUGGAGCAGUUGAUGAUCAACAGUAACGGCCAGGACACCGAGUACAAAUGGAUAAAGGCAGAGGAGCCUGUUGAUCCGAAGAAGGUUCGGAGCCGGAGACGUGUGACGCGUGGCCUCAACCAUAGCGUGGCAAAGAAAACCACGAUCAGGAUCAGCUCCAACUCCGCCCGGCGCCGAGCCCGACCAGGUACCGGGUUCCUGAACACGUCCCGCCCAAGCCCUGGUCUGCCCUGGAGGACCGCAGCUAGAGCCAACAGAUACAAGGGUUACCCACCUGAACACACGCCUGGCAAGCUGAGUAUUGACGAGAACAGCGAGAUGGACACCAACCGCAGCGCCUCUGUCAUCAUCACCCGUGACGACAGCAUCCUCGACGAGACCAACAACACCUUCCAGGAUCUGCAGCCUCUCGACUUCAGCAACCUCUCCAUCGACAUGACCAACCCAAAAGAGGUCAAGGUGGAGAUGGAGAUGUUGCGACGGAGUGUGAAGGAGGAGAGUGUGGCGAGGAUGAAGGCGGAGCAGCGAGAACUCAGGCUGAGUAUUGAGAACAAGCGUCUUAGCGAGGAGAUGAAGUACCUCCGACACAAGGCCAGCGCUGGGGGCAUUGUCAGUGACGUCCACCUGGGCAUGAACGGCGGACACGGCGCCUUCGUCGAUGAAAGCUUCCUGGAGGGAGUGGAGGCCUCAUUUAAGAAGUUCCACAAGUUUCUGGACAUGCUGCAUGAAGCAGGACUGAGUGAGCUGAUCACAAUGGCAGGACUUGACCAGUCUGAAAUCAUGAACCCCUUCGACCACCUGUCCUCCACCAGGCUGUCGGGUGUCUCCUUCGCGCGACACAACACUCCCGUCAGCAAACCUGCCCACACUAACGGUGUGGACCUGUCCGUCCCUACGUCAGCCAUGCCCAUCGCCAAAGCUGAGCCUUCCUCAUCUCAAGGGUUACAGGAACAGAUGGCUUUCGGUGCUAAGCCUUUUGUACCGAACACAUCAGCCUAUUUUGGUGACAUUUCAUCCAGCUACCGUGCCAACCCGACUGUCGGCUCAUUUGAAGAGGAGCUUCCCAUUACUUACGGUCCGGUCAUGUCUGAGAAUAACCUUCGACCUGGUGCCAGAGUUCAAGCAGCAGGGUCAAGGAUGCCCUUCCCGACCAACGAGUCUAUGAUAGGAGGUCCGGCAAGGACAGAUGACCUUUAUGAGAAGUUGCUGCAGGAUACAAGUGGGGUGUUCCCACACAUCGGACAGGGCGGGGCCGGAUCCCCUGCUGGAUCGCUGACCUCGACCCCGGUGGUAAAGAGCACAGAGAGCAAGGCUGGGCCAGUGAAGUCAGCACAAACCGGGCAGGAUGGACAGAAGAAAGGGCAAAUAGAAGAAGACUCGAAAGGAAGAGGGGAAGAGAAAGAUCGUCCCGAAGACAGGAAACCCAGAACAGAUAAAGACCAGGGUCCUUUUGGUAAUGGUACUGGGUCAGAGGUCAGAGCAAGGUCACAAGGUGAAGGUCAGGAUGCUUCCAAACAGUUUGAUGUCUCAGAGCAGUCUGAUAUCAUGGAGGUGCUUGAUCGAGCGGCCUCUCCUGAAAAAGAAUCUCCAGAACACAGAUCCAAAAUGAGUGAUUUUAACUACAGUAUGGACAGUUUUGAUCAGUCAUAUGUCAGUGAGAGGGAAGAGGUCAUUCACCUUGGAGAUGACCUUGACCUUGGGGGGUCACCAUCACCACCGCCACAGGUUGUUGAAAGCGAGGAAGAUUUUUAGACUGGCUGCUGAAUAUGUAAAUCUCGACUCUGUUUUGAGCAAUCUUUUCCUUUCUCUUUAUUCUUUGUAUGUUUCCUUCCAACAUUUUGUGGUAUCCAAGUCCCAGGCUUAGUGCUUUUGUUUGUAGAAAAUGUUUUAGUGUAAAUAACAUUGUUUGUGUACAUAGGGGGAGGACAGGUCACCAUGACCAGUUGCAAAACUAUUAACAGAUGCAAUGUACACAUAGCCUUGUAGUAGUCAUUGAUAAUAUUUCACUGAUAAUAUUUCAUUGAUAUUCAUUGAUAAUAUUUCAUUGAUAAUAUUUCACUGAUAAUAUUUCAUUGAUAUUCAUUGAUAAUAUUUCAUUGAUAAUAUUUCAUUGAUAAUAUUUCAUAGGUCUGUUUACCCUACAUUCCAGCUUCAGCCAUGAAUACGUUUGGCUGCUUUGUAGUGCUUCAUACACACUGGCUUCAGUAAACAGAUGC